AUGUCCAGGCGUUCACAGAGUGUGGGUGCCGAUUUGCAUUUUCACAUCGAACUCGGUAGUGUCCCUGAGCUAAAUGGUGUGUUGGCCCUUGGUGUUGAGUUAACAUUGACGGACGAGCAGCAGGCACUACUCAGGCCGUUCUCUGCUGGUGCGUAUCCCAGUUAUCUAACCCAACUGUAUCACAAACUUUUCUCUGUUGCAAUCAUCAAAUUCCCCGAUCUCGAUCUGGCAGCCCGUACGCGUCACCGACGAUGGCUACAACCUUUUGGUCAAGAUGAUCUGGUUGCAACGAUCUCUAACAGCAUGCAUGCACCCAUCCCUACCCUGAGGGACACAAAGACAUGGACCUUCCUUCGGGAGAUUGAGAAAAUCUCUUGGUACGAACUCGAUGUUAAUCUCAUGUCUGACACUGGAUGUCUUGACGUGGCCGGCAAAUCUGAGAAUACUGUAAUGAACUAUGUGAGAGAACAGAAGGAUAUGCUCGUACACGCACUUGAUGCGUCCCAUAGAAGAAAUUGGGUUCUGCAUCGUGGCCAUCGUGAUCUUGGCCGGGUAUCUCUGCCUGCAUAA